CGCCAAAAGCUGCUGCGAAACGCAGCACAGUUUUGAUUGCCUCUCGGCACGUUUAGCUUGCCUCGCAUCGCAUCGCAUCACGUCGCGCAUUGUGUCGUCGUGGUCGUCGCUCGACAGUCGCAAAUUCGCAAGUCGCCAGUCGCCAGUUGCCGUUCACCAUUCGUUGUUCAGUCGUCAGAGUCCGGAUCCUUGUUUUGCCAAUAUGCUGUGCCCUUUUCGCAUACUUGUGUCAGUUGUAUUUUGUAUUUCGUGCACUGCGAAUCGGCUCAUUCGCUCGAUCAGUUAAACCCAAAAGAAACAGCUUAUCAAAUAAAAAAAAAAAAACUGUGAAACAAUGUUUUCUUUCGGAUUGAAAUUCUUUUACAAAUAUUUGAAUAAAUUCUGCAAAUACUAAAAAAAUGUGUGUGUCGCUUGAAGCAGUGUAAAACAAAAAAAUAAAUAACAAUUUGCGCUUGGAAUUUACACCGAGAAACGUAACGCGCAAUCCCCAGUUGCACACUUGUCUAAUAUAUUUUCACAAUAUUUAAUUAUUAAUGCGUCUGCGGGCAGCGGACAUUCUAUGCAGCUGCUGUCGGCCUUGGCGGCUGCGUUGCGCUGACGAGCAGCAGCAACAAUAGACUGUCAACAACAACUAGAGCUCGAAGAGAGAAGGACAACGACAACGGCAACGACAACGACAAACAAUGGCCAGUGGCAAUAAUGAUACAACGCCGCUCUACUGCGGCAGCGGCAUGGAUAAUUUUCAUACGAGCUAUAAGAACAUGCACGGUUAUGUCUCGCUCGUCGUCUGUAUUCUGGGUACCAUUGCGAAUACGUUGAACAUCAUUGUGCUGACACGCAAGGAGAUGCGUUCACCCACAAAUGCCAUACUCACGGGCUUGGCAGUUGCUGAUCUGGCUGUGAUGCUGGAGUAUAUGCCGUACACAGUGCAUGACUAUAUCUUAACAGACAGUUUGCCUCGUGAGGAGAAGCUCAGCUAUAGCUGGGCCUGCUUCAUCAAGUUCCACUCGAUCUUCGCCCAGGUGUUGCACACCAUCUCCAUUUGGUUGACGGUCACCUUGGCCGUGUGGCGCUACAUUGCUGUGGGAUAUCCGCAGAAGAAUCGCUUGUGGUGCGGCAUGCGCACCACCAUCAUAACCAUAACCACCGCUUAUGUGGUGUGUGUGCUUGUGGUGUCGCCUUCGCUCUAUCUGAUCACAGCCAUCACGGAGUGGAUGGAUCAGCUGGAUGCGCAGGGCAAGCUGAUCAACAACAUACCGAUGACCCAGUAUGUCAUCGACUACAACAACGAAAUGCAGUCCAUGGUGGCCGCCUUGAAUGCCACGCCCAGCAGUCUACUGCAGUCGAACGAGACGCAGUGGUUCAAUGUGACCACGCCGCUGCCACAAGUGGUGCCCACUUCGCUGGUGGCACGCAAUGUGACCGUGUAUCGAUUGUAUCACAGCGAUUUGGCGCUGCACAAUGUCUCGCUGCGGAAUACAACGUUCCUCAUCUACAGCGUGCUCAUCAAGCUGAUACCGUGCAUAGCACUGACCAUACUCUCGGUGCGUUUAAUACUCGCACUGCUCGAGGCGAAACGACGACGUAAGAAACUGACCAGCAAACCGGCAGCAGCCAGCAAUGUCAAUGGCAAGUCUGUAAUCAAUGGCAAGGCAGCGGAGCGGCCACGAAAGAACAGCAAAACACUGGAGAAGGAGAAGCAAACGGAUCGCACGACGCGCAUGUUGUUGGCUGUGUUGCUACUCUUCUUGAUCACAGAGUUUCCGCAGGGCAUCAUGGGACUGCUGAAUGUGCUGCUGGGCGAUGCCUUCCUCAUGGAAUGCUAUUUAAGACUGAGUGACCUUAUGGAUGUGCUGGCAUUGAUUAACUCCAGCAUCAACUUCAUACUCUAUUGCUCGAUGAGCAAACAGUUUCGCAGCACUUUCACUUUAUUGUUUCGCCCCAAGUUCCUCGACAAGUGGCUGCCAGUGGCCCAGGAUGAGCUGGCUGCCACGCGUGCCGAUGGACUGCGUUCGGUUGUGGCUGCCGCGCCGGACAACUGUCAUACGAUGGCGUUGCACAAGCAGCCGCAAGUGGUGACACUUGCUGCCACUACCACAACCACCACCCAAGUGACGAAUCUGUAGCAGCAGUCAUCGUCGCAGCAACCCAAAGUGGCUGUCGAUGGUGCUGCUGCAAUGGGACUGCGCGCACGCCUGCUCAGUGUCCUGAGGCGACGUCAAGCGGAGCGCGGUGCAGCAGCGAGUGAAAGAGAUGCCACUAAUGCUGCCACGCUGCAGUUCCAAACGAUUGUUGUGGUUGUGGACAAGAGCAGCGGUGCCAUAGACCAUCAGAUAUGUCAGAGUCCCACUCCCAAGCAUGUAACGUGAUGAGCUCAGAGCGUGAGUUUAGCAUAGCUUAUGUAAGAUAUGAUAACUAGUAGAGACAGAAAUCUACUCGUAUAUUUGGUCCAACACACAUUUUACGGUUGAUGAAUUAUUUAGUGGUGCACACAAUAAACUAUAUUGCAUACAUUAAGGCGUUUUGCAUAUUACAAAUGAAAAAAUGAGAAAAAAAACCCAAAGUGAAGCGCGCGGAAAAAACAAAAUUCCACAUCAUUCAUACGCACCGUUGGCUUUCGAAAUGUGAAAGACAAAACACUGCGUUUCACAGCUCAUUGCCAAAUAUAGAUGUAUAGGAAAAUAUGUACAUAUUUUUUUAAUUUUUGCACACACAUCAUGCAAGGACACGCCCCUCUUCCCCCUUCCCCAUGCUGCUGCCCUUUUCGAUCCGUGGGUGAAAUCAAACGGAAUGACUAAGCAGAUAUGACGUGUUUCCUUGCCCCUUUUUCUCACACUAUGCAAAAACUCCACAAAUAACUACGAAUUUUUUAUAGCAACUAUUAAUGUAUAUAAUAAAUGGAUAAACGAAAAUAUAAAUCAUAUACACAAAUAUGUACAGAUAACAAUAAAGUUGUUACAUUUGAGUUAUGAGCUGCAAUCCUAAUGGAAUUCAACUUAAAUAGGCUCGCAGGAGUAUUAACAAUAUAUAUAUAAAUAUAUAUAAUAAAUAUUUAUGAAAAUAAAUUAAUCGAUAAGAAAAAUAGCGUACAGCUUUUUGUACUUCAAGCUUAAGGCCAAUCGAAAUAAAUAUUUGAAAUAAUAAAUAAUUGUUGUUGAAUCGCAAGCGUCGACUGUUUAAUUUUAGAUAUUUAAGUGAUACGUGAGAGAAGGCUGCAUGAAAAAUCUAUUAAAUAUGCAUAGAAUAUUCAUAUUUGAAUCACACUCGUGAAAAAAUUUCGCAUUGAUUGAUUGAAGUGUUUGCAAUUGAGCCCCGGCAAAUAUUUUCAAUCGGAGACUUUGACGUAAAGUUCUGAACAUUAACCACGAAAUUGUUUUUGUGUUGCGCUUGUUGACAAUUAACAAUUAAUAAUACAGAACAACAAAAAAUCAAAUACAAAUGUUUCACAUGAUAAAAUCGUAGAUAAUGUAAUGUAAAGUAUACUCAAUAAAUUAAUGGUUUAAAUUGUAAUUGUAAUUGUAAUUGUAAUUGAUUUCAAAAAUGGUUGCCAUUAUGUUUGUAUUAAACAAAUAAGAAUAAUAAUAAUAAUAUAAUAAUCAAUAAAGUUGUU